AAUAAGAAAUGUAUCAAUAAUAUAUAUAUAUAUAUAUAUAUAUAUACAUACAUACACACACACACACACACACACACACACACACACACUGUUGCAUCACCAGGGCUCCAGUAUCCAGUAUAUAUAGGCAAUUGAAAUAGUUGGCUGCACUCUCGGAUUUCCUUAAAAUUUUACUUUUAUUGAAAUAUUUAAGAGAAGAUCAGCGUUUCAGUCCCUCUUGUGGACUUGCAUCAGGAUCAUGACGAAAGUCCACAAGAGGGACUGAAACAUUGAUCUUCUCUUAAAUAUUUCAAUAAAAGUUACAUUUUCAGGAAAUCUGAGAGUGCAGCCAACUAUUUCAAUUGCCUAUAUAUAUUUAUAUAUAUAUAUAUAUAUAUAUAUAUAUAAAAACACCCUACAUAGCACAAUGACUUAUGGGGCUGGCAUAGAUUUUUUUCCAGGGCUGCUUCGUAUCCCCAGUCCGGCCCUGUGCUAAAUAGAACAUUUGCGGCCUGCUGUGCAUUUCUUGCAGUCCAAUAAAACCCUUAAAUACUACUCUUACAUUGUUGAAGUAACUGUAUUAAUUACGCCUGUCACAGUGUUGUGUGACCUCUAGAAAUGUUUUCUCUUUAGGACACCGGCACUGCCUUACUGUCAGUGAACUUAAUUGUUGACUAUUGGUGGUUACAUUGUCGCCUGACAUAAACCAUCUGUUAGUUUGGUGGGUAAACGCAAAGAAUGAGGAGAGCGUCAAAUAAGUGACGUGGCCCUGGUCGUGGUGCUGCUGGUGUUGGUGGAGCUCCUGUUGCAGGGAGAGGACGUGGUUGAUCUGUGCGAGCUACAUGCACAAGUGAAACACCUUCCUCAGGUGCGAGUAGGCGACAGAACCUUCAGCAUUAUAUGGUAGGCCAGAACGUCGCUCUACGAAUGGUGAGGCCAGAACAAGUACAGGCGAUAGUAGAUUGGGUGGCUGACAGUGCCUCCAGUUCCUUCACGUUGUCUCCCACCCGGUCCCCUGCUGAAAGCUCAGCGUUGGCACCUGCAGCCCAUGGCCAUCUGUCUUUCACCUCACCCCCUUGCAAAUCAGCCAAGCAGUCUGAGCCACAAGUCAUGCAGCAGUCUUUUAUGCUUUUUGAUGACUCUGCUGGCAGGGUUUCCAUGGGCCAUCCACCUAGCCCUGCCCCAGAAGUGGAAGAGAUUGAGUGCACUGAUGCACAGCCACUUAUGUUUCAGGAUGUGGACAAGCGAGGACCACCGCAUCUGAUGAUGACGAAACACAGGUGCCAACUGCUGUGGCUUUCUGCAGUGUGCAGACUGGCAAGGAGGGCAGGGUUGAGGAGUGGGUGGAAGAUGAUGUGGAGGAUGAUGAGGUCCUAGACCCCACAUGGAAUCAAGGUCAUGCGAGUGACGUGUGCAGUUUGGAGGAAGAGACGGUGGUCGCACAGAGGCACCAGCACAGCAUAAGAGGGAGCAGGGUGCAAAAGCUGAGCGGCCGUCCCCUAGACAGUACGCCUGCUACUGCCCACCGCACUCAGGGACUGAACACACCAAAGCUAGCUCCAAGGAGUCCCCUGACGACAAGACACGAGUGGUUUGCAUGCCGUUCAAUCAGAGCCUGAAGCGAGGCGUAAACGUUCUAAACCUGAGCACAACCUGCAUGACCAGGCAUCUACAUGCAAAGCAUUUGCUGCAGUGGAGUAAGUACCUCAAAAACCAAGAAAGGUAUCAGGCUCCUCCUGCUUCCUCUUCUGCUGCUGUCUCGGCCUCUUCCUACACCUCUGGAGUGACAGUGGCACCGGCCACCCUGCAAACAGAGGAUGUGGCAGCAACGCCACCAUGUCCGCAAGCAUCUCCACACUGUCCCAUGGAAGCAUUCCGCUGUCCAUCUCCCAAACACUGGAGAGAAAGAGGAAGUACCCACCUACCCACCCGCGAUCCCUGGCCCUGAAUGCCAGCAUUUCAAAAUUCCUGACCUUUGAAAUGCUGUCAUUCCAUCUGGUGGAGACGGACAGUUUUAAAAACCUGAUGGCGGUGGCUGUCCAACAGUACGUGGUUCCAGGCGAGCCAUCCCUUCCCUGCACAACCAAUUGACAAAAUCAGGUGUGCAUUGCGCAACGCCAUCUGUGGCAAGGUCCACAUAACCACUGAUACAUGGACCAGUAAGAACGGGCAGGGACGCUAUAUCUCCCUAACUGCACACUGGGCAAAUGUGGUGGCUUGGCCUGAGGUGGAUAGCAGUUUGGCGCAUGUCCUUCCACCACCGAGGAUUGCAGGGCAUUUCUCUUUGCCUCCUGUUGAAUCAUCCUCCUCUACCACCUCCUCAUCCGUCAGCAUAACACUUUCACCACCAACUUCAGCACAGCCAUGGGGAAACGACAGCAGGCUGUUUUAAAAAUCAUAUGUUUGGGGGGAAAACCCCACAUCGCGCAGGAGCUGUGGACGGGCAUGGAACAACAGAUCGAUGAGUGGUUGUUGCCACUGAGCCUCAAGCCCGGCCUGCUGGUGUGCGAUAAUGGGCGAAAUCUCGUAGCAGCUCUGGGCCUAGCCAGUUUGACGCACAUCCCUUGCCUGGUGCAUGUGCUGAAUUUGGUGGUGCAGAAAUUCCUGAAAAACUACCCAGAUAUAUCAGAGCUGCUGCAGAAAGUGCGGGCAGUCUGUGCGCGCUUUCGUUAUUCUCACCCUGCUGCUGCUCGUCUGUCUGUGCUGCAGCGUAACUUCAGCCCUCCCGCUCACCGCCUCAUAUGCGAGGUGCCCACAAGGUGGAACUCCAAUUGCAACAUGCUGGCGAGACUGUGCGAGCAGCAGCAGGCGAUAGUGGAGUUUCAGCUGCAGCACGCACGGAACAGCACCACUUCACCACCAAUGAGUGGGCCUUCAUGCGAGACCGGUGUGCCAUGUUGCACUGUUUCGAGUACUCCACCAACAUGGCCAGUGACAAUGACGCCAUUCUCAGCCUUACUAUCCCGCUUCUAUGUCUCCUUGAAAAAACCCUUCGGGCGAUGAUGGAAGAGGAUGUGGCACAGGAGGAAGAGGAGGAGGAAGAGGGGUCAUUUCCACGGUUAUCAGGCUAGUCAUUCGCAAGUGGCUCGGAGGGUGGGUUGCUGCACCAGCAUAGGCCAGGUACACAAUUGUCCAGCCAGGCCACAGUUCUGGAGGAGGAGGAGGAGGAACCGUGUUCACAGCAGGGUGGCACCCAACGCAGCUCGUGGACAUCACUGGAGCAUGGCUGGGGCGAUAGGGAGGACACAAACGAUACACCUCCCACAGAGGACAGCUUGUCCUUGCCUCUGGGCAGCCUGGCACAGAUGAGCGUCUACAUGUUGCAGUGCCUGCGCAAUGACUGCCAAAUUGCCCAUAUUCUAACUUGUGCUGAUUACUGGGUGGCCACCCUGCUGGAUCCCCGUUACAAGGACAACGUGCCGUCCUUAAUUCCCUCACUGGAGUGUGAUCGGAAGAUGUGCGACUACAAGCGCACGCUUGUAGACGCGCUGCUGAGGGCAUUCCCAACUGACACCGGGGGCUCAGUGGAAGCACAAGGCGAAGGCAGAGGAGGAGGAAGAGGUUGCCAACGCAGCUGGGGCACUGCCAGCACCUCAGAAGGCAAGGUUAGCAUGGCUGAAAUGUGGAAAAGCUUUGUCAGCAUGCCACAACAACCAGCACCACCAGUUGAUAUGGAACGUCUUAGCAGGAGGCAGCAUUUCAGCAACAUGGUGGAACAGUACGUGUGCACACGCCUACACGUACUGACUGAUGGGUCUGCCCCAUUCAACUUCUGGGUCUCCAAAUUGGGCACAUGGCCUGAGCUUGCCCUUUAUGCCUUGGAGGUGCUGGCCUGCUCUGCAGCCAGUGUAUUGUCUGAACGUGUGUUUAGCACGGCAGGGGGCGUUAUCACAGACAAGCGCAGCCGCCUGUCCACAGCCAAAAUGGACAAGCACAUGUUUAUUAAAAUGAACCAGGCAUGGAUCCCACCAGACUUGUCUGUACCUUGUGCAGAAUAGACAUUUAUACCGGCCUCACCCAACCUUUGUUAUACUUAAUUGCACUUAUUCUUUGUUUUCUUUUUUUAUAUGUCCCAAUAUUUUGGGGGCUAGUCCAAUUAAAAAAAACAAACAAACAAAGAAAUAAAAAACAGUGUUGGCUACCUCCUCCUCCUCCACUGCCACGGUCACUGCCUCCUCAACCUCCUACUCCACCUCCUAGUUCAAGAUUAUUUAAAUUUUUUAUGUAUUUUAUGUUAUUUUAAGUUAUUUCCCUAUCCACAUUUGCUUGCAGGGCAAUUGCCCUACUCUUACCCCCAUUUUACUUCCUUUUGCAGCCCUCUAGCCCUUUCCAGGACUUUUUUAGAGCAAUUUUAGUGCCCAAAAGUUCGGGUCCCCAUUGACUUCAAUGGGGUUCGGGUCAAGUUCGAGUCCGAACUCAAACUUUUUUGCCGAAGUUCAGCCGAACCCGGCAAACCCGAACAUCCAGGUGUCCGCUCAACUCUAGACACUACAUAUUUCUCAUUACCAGUAGCUUUAAUCCUGUAGUCGGUCUGCAGCUUGUUCCCUUCCCUCCAUGCACAGAUGACCUAAUGCUCUUGGUGGGCAUAAGUUUUGUGCAUCGCGAGGAGCUACCUGGCAGUGUACUGCAACUCCAGCCGGCUCUAGAUGAAGGCAGACGGUUCUUCCACCGCACAAACACUUUCCGCUGGUAUCCCUGCUGCUCAGAUGAACACAGUUCAUCUGAGCAGUGUGUGUGUGACUUUAGGAGUACAAUUGUGAGAAAUGUGAGUGUGAAGCAGGGGUGUAUGUGCGUAAAGUGUAAGCCUGUGAGUGUAUUAGAAAUUGUCUCUAAUUAGAAAAUGUGUCAAAGUGUAUGUAAAGUUUAUUUAUAUGGUGCAAGUGUUAAAAAUUGUGUAUCUGUUUGGAUUCCCCCACCUCCUUUGGUGCCCUUUUCACCAUGCUCCACCAUUUUUGUCUUUACAUCACCCACCUGCUUGUUUCCACUUUAUCUCCUCUAUUGUCUGUCACACUUUGCUUCCCCAUCUCCUUCUGUGACUCUCUACUGUGACCUUCACAACUGUUACAAAUCACACUCCUUUUUACAAAGCACUCCCAUCUUACCCUUUUUAUUUCCUGCCUCUCUCUUUCUGCUCCCUAAUGUCUCUCCCUAUAUUCCCCUUUGUAUUUCCUACCCCUCUCCUGCUCCCUGAUAUCUCUCCCAAUCUUCCUCUUUUUAUUUCCUUUCUUUAUCAUGCUCCCUGUGGUCUCUGGCCAGCUGCUGUUCCAUCCCCUCGCUGGCUGUGAAAGGUCUGGGUGAGAGGAGAGUGCGGGAAGUGAUGUCACUUCCUAGCCCCGCCUCUCUCCAUCACACAGUGCACUGCACGGGACAGGAAGAAGGGGACCUGGAAGAGAGCAGGUAAUGCCAGGUGUCAUUAAGGGGGAGGGAGGGAGGAUGGAUUAAUGUGCAGAGUAAUUGGUUACAGGGGCCCUGCAUUUCCUCAGGGGCCCUACAACCUAUCGAUGCAAGAGAUUUUUUUUUUAUUUUGCCAUUCUAGUUGGAGAGAUCUAUAAUCUCUCCAGCUGGAGCAUGGCUGUGCGGCCGGGCCCCUGGCUGUGUCACACCUUUGGUCCAUGACUGAUGUCAAUAUAGCUUGGUUGCAACUUCUAAGUGCUGUUUCUAAGUGUGUAGUUGGAGAUAUUCUGGAGAGUUUUACAGAAGCCUCAACUGUCUUUAAGAGUUGUGCUAAGAGCUUUCUUUUCUACUGUUACAGGUAAGAUUCAUCUGAAAGAAAAGGUUACUGAUUGCACAAGGUUUGAAUUCCUGUUGGUAAUAUUAAGGCAUUUGAUUAGAUUACUUGCUAUUGAUUGCUGUUUAAAUUAGCUAUUGUUCGCAAAUAAGCAGAUGCCUACCCAGGUGUUAAACAUGCCUAGUGGGUGGUGAUUUUAGUAGUUUUAUAAGGGCUGUUGUCAUUAACUUGGCUAAUAUAGCUUGGUUGCUACUUCUAAGUGCUGUUUCUAAGUGUAGUUGGAGAUAUUCUGGAGAUAAACUGGAAGUAAUCUGAGGUAUUCAGGAGGAUAAAUACAAAGUUAAGAUUCAUUUGAUUUAAACUAUUCUCCUCAUUGGAAUGGCAGAGUUAGUUCAGUGUAAUAGUUGCUAUGCAUUUGUUUCACGUUCCACUUUUUGGAGGUUUGGUUGUUGUCUAAUCUGUAGACAGUUCUCUAUCUUGCGGCAGGAAAUUGUAUUUUUGAAGUCUGAGAUUUGUAAAUUAUCUGGUGAACAAACUCAGACUGGAACUGCUGCAAAGCCACUGCCGCAGAGACAUACUAGGAAUGGCAGAUGGAUUACAGGAUCUGGUAGACUUAGAGUUGUGGAUAAAAGGCAUUUUGCACAGCCUGUUGCUCUUCAUAAUUCAUUUUCUGCACUUUCAGAGUGUAAUGGUGUUGUGGAGAGAGGCACUGAGGCUAGUGGUGUUGUGGAGAGAGGCAAUGAGGCUAGUGGUGUUGUGGAGACCGGCUUGGAGACUAUGGUGAGGCCUAAUAGAAAGCAGUUGUUGUUGUUGUUGGGGGAUUCCAUUAUAAGAGGUGUGGAGAUGGACAAUGGUGGUCUUGUGAGGUGUCUUCCCGGAGCUACUGCUCACAGAGACAGGAGACGUAUCUGUAAUAUUGUUAAGCAAGCAAAGCAGGAAGGGGAAUUGGAUGUACUUGUCCAUCUAGGGACAAAUGACUUGGCUUGCAAUGAGGUUUCAGAGGUUAAGGAAGUUUUUAGUGUUUUUGCCAAUGAUAUACGGCAGGUUGCUUCCACACUGUCAUUCUCUGAAGUUCUGCCUGUGCAUAACACUCAGAGCGACAGGCGGAUGCGUAUUAGGGACUUUAAUUUGUGGCUUGGUGAAUGGUGUCGGGAGCAAGGAUUUGGCUUUAUUUCUCAUGGUAGCUCUGUUUGGAAUGGAGAUAAGCUGUACAAAAAAGAUGGUUUGCAUCCUUCUCAAAAGGGAACAAAUGUUCUCAGUGAGCAGUUCAGAGGUUUUGCUAGGAUGUAUUUAAACUAGGAGGGGGGGGCAAAAGGGUGAUAAAACAUCAAUCCAAUUGUCCCCCAAAACAAGGACAGAAGGUGCCUGUAGCAAGUGUGUUAAAAAAUGAUAAGCUUAGAGUCAUGUCUACAAAUGCUCGCAGUUUAGGGAAUAAAAUCCAUGAACUUGUGGCAAUAAUGGCAACUGAUAGUGUAGAUUUAGUCGCUGUUACUGAGACAUGGUACAAUGAGAAAAAUGACUGGGACAUAGCAAUACCAGGGUACUCUUUAUAUAGGAAAGAUAGGGAAGGCAAGAAAGGGGGAGGGGUGGCCUUGUAUGUGAAGGAUAGCAUAAAAUCUAGCCUAAUAAAAGUUAGUGAGGCAAACAUAGAGUCCGUUUGGGUUACGUUAGAAUUUGGUAAUCACACAGUAACUCGUGUAGGUGUGAUUUAUAGGCCCCCAGGACAAAUUGAAGAGUUAGAUAAUCUACUAGUUGAGGAAAUAGCUAAAAUGACAAUGAAGGGGGAAGUUAUCAUCAUGGGUGACUUUAAUCUUCCUGAUGUAAAUUGGAAAACAAAAUUAGCUACUUGUGCCAGGAGCACACAUAUUCAAAACUCCCUACUGGGAUUGUCUCUAAAACAAGUUGUUGAGGAGCCAACUCGUAAAGAGGCCAUACUAGAUGUAGUGUUAACAAAUGGAGAUUUGGUAUCAGAUAUUACUGUAGGUGAAAGUUUAGGAUCCAGUGAUCAUCAGUCAGUGUGGUUUAAUAUAAGAACAGUGACUGAGUCACACCACACAAAAACAAAAGUUUUAGACUUUAGAAAAACAGACUUUUCUAAAAUUAGAAUAUGGGUAGAGGAGUCAAUAUCAGACUGGAGCAAUUUAAAUAGAGUCCAAGAGAAAUGGGAUUAUUUAAAAGUUGCACUAUUGAAGGCAACAGAAAAUUGCAUUAGGCUUGUCAGUAAAAGCAAAAAAUUCAAGAAACCACUGUGGUACUCCACAGAUGUGGCCAAAAUAGUUAAAAACAAAAAGUUAGCAUUUAGGAAUUAUAAAAAAACCCAGAGUGAGGAAGACAAAAUGAUCUAUAAGAUUAGGCAGAAAGAGGCUAAGCAAGUUAUAAGAGCUUCCAAAUCACACACAGAAGAGAAAAUAGCACAGUCAGUAAAAAAGGGGGAUAAAACAUUUUUUAGAUACAUAAAUGAGAAAAGAAAUGUAAAACAAGGAUUAGUUAGAUUAAAAACAAAAGAAGGAAGGUAUGUAGAAGAGGAUAAAGGUCUAGCUGACUGCCUCAAUAAAUAUUUUUGUUCUGUAUUUACAGAUGAAAAUGAAGGAAAGGGACCUCAGUUGAGAAAAAGGAUAAAUGAGUCAUUUAUUACUUAUGAGUUUACUGGGGAAGGGGUUCUAUUUCAACUGUCAAAAGUAAAGACAAAUAAGUCAAUGGGACCUGAUGGAAUACACCCAAAGCUAUUAAAAGAGCUUAGUGGUGUACUAGAAAAACCAUUAACAGAUUUAUUUAACCAAUCAUUGUUAACCGGAGUAGUCCCAGAAGAUUGGAAGUUAGCGAAUGUUGUGCCCAUUUACAAGAAAGGUAAUAGGGAGGAGUCGGGCAAUUAUAGGCCA